AUGAACGCAGGUAGUGUGAAGGUUACACUUGUACAGCGGCAACUACGAGAAGACUGGAAUAAUCGUGAAUACGCACAGGUGGUUUCCGAUAACAUCCGACAUAUCGCGGAUUUUCUUUGUAAUUUUGAACUCUCUUGUCGGAGCAGAAUCGCAACACUUAGUGAUAAGGUGUCACUCCUGGAACGAAAAGUGGAAUUUCUUGAAGCCAGAGUGAGUUCUUACCCUGCAUGUCUUGACUACUUGCAUAACUGA